AAAAGAAGAAGAAGGAGGAGGAGAAAAAACUAAGGACGUAUUCCUAUCUAUGGCUACGGUUCCGUCGCUGACUUCCUGGUUUGAUUCGGUUGAUCCGUCUAAAGAAUGGGUCCUUAAAAGGCAUCUAGAAGGUCUUGUUGCCAGAUCUGGGAACAUAAACACGACAAACAAAGAUUAUCAGCUGAUAUGUUCCAUCUCGGAACACACAGAUUCCUGUGGCUGGCGGCUCUCAGCCUGAUUCCGACCCGUGUAUUCUGCUCUUCCGCGGAAAUACCGGAUGUCCCUAGUAUUGCCACUUACUUCGGAACUAAGACCCGCUAUGAGGAGGUGAAACCGAACCUACUCCGAGACCCUUUAACCGUGAACACCUCGGUCCUCAGACCCCCGCCAGGUGAGUUUUGCACCCCAUUCCAUGUGACCGCCGUCAUUAGACAUGGCAGCCGAUUUCCUACCGUCAAGAACAUCCGCAGAAUACACAGACUGAGCGAGCUACUCCAGAAUGAAGCUUCCAGAACCUCAGAGAGCCCCACUGGCUGGCUGGAUGAGCUUCGGAACCGUUGGGAACCCUGGUACACCGAGGACAUGGACGGUCGGCUGGUGAUGAAGGGCAGGGAAGACCUCCAGUUCCUGGCCCAGCGGCUGGCCACGUUGUUACCAUCUCUGCUGUCGGAAGAAAACGUGAGGAAGAGGAGAAUCCACUUUGUAACCAGCUCUAAGCAUCGCUGUGUGAGCAGCGUGGAGGCAUUCCAGGAGGGUCUGCAGCAGCACUGGGGUUGCCAUGACAGUGCUCAAGGAUACAACUAUGAGGUGGAUGAUGAACUAAUGCGCUUCUUUGAGCGUUGCCGUGGUUAUGUGGAAGGCGUGGAGAACAACCACACUGCACUGCUGGAAGUUGAGAAGUUCAAACAUGGCGAGGAAAUGCAGGCAGUGAGGAAGAGGUUGGCUGAGAAACUCGGCCUUUCUCUUCACCUACUCACCCCAGACUUGGUGGAAGCAGCGUUCUUCAUCUGUUCCUACGAACUGUCCAUCAAAUCCAUCCACUCACCUUGGUGCUUCCUGUUUGAUGAGAGUGAUGCAAAGGUGUUGGAGUACAGUUUUGAUCUGAAGCAGUUCUGGAAGCGCUCUCAUGGUCACUUAAUCAGCAGUCUGUCCAGCUGUCCACUCUUCCAUCACAUCUUCAGGACCCUAGAUAAAGCUGGUCGUCCUCGCAGAUCCACCGAGGCAGGUCCAGAACCGGCCUCUGUCUUGGUGGGACAUGCUGAGACGCUCAUCCCCCUCAUCUCCCUACUUGGACUGUACAAAGACCAGACUCUGCCCACUGCUAGCAACUACCACUCACAGCAUGGAAGAAGUUUCCGGACCAGUCACAUCAUUCCAUACGCUGCCAACCUGCUCUUCGUUCUCUAUGACUGUCAGCGUGGCCCCCGACUACAGCUGCUCAUCAAUGAGACUCCACUACACUUUCCAAACUUUCAGACUGAGGAUGCACCACUUUACAGGGAUGUUCGUGCAGCAUACCGCUACCUGCUAGAUGGCUGUGACUUCAACAGAGAGUGUGAGAGGAAACCCGAAGGCCGGGGACCCAACACUGAGCUUUGACAGCUUGAACCCUUACAAAAUCUUAUUCUGUCUUAAUCCACCUGGUGACAAAGCCUCAAACUCACUCAGGCAUCAUCCAAUCAGAUACUGUAGCUGCAAAACUGCUCUUCGAGGUCUGAACUUUCUUAAUUAAGUGUUGCAAAAACUGACUGGAGUGAUUUAUUCCCUCUUAGUGGAGGUGUGACACUACAUUGAAAUGUUUUCUGUUCAUAAACUGUUGUCUAUUAUUAAAGGGCAUCCAGAUAUCUACCAGCCCUUUUCAAUAGCAAACUGUUUCUGUACCAUUUCCAGCCUCUGCAUACAAAAAUAUUAAUGGAAUCAACUGGAAAAAUCUCUGUGUUCCACUCAACUAGCUGAAAUUUAUUGAAAUUGUUUUUAGAUGAAUACAAAGAAUAUUGCAGCAAGGCCUUACUCUAAUUUUUGAACUGACUCUUUAAUCUGGGAUUCGGUCUGAAGCUUUAAGUUAAUUUCUUGCUGACUCUGGUUUUAUUUAAGGCAGCUGUAUGAAACUUUUAUUUAAAAUGUUUUCUACAUAUUUGUUAAAACUGUUGCUGUGCCUUGACAACAUAACAUAAGCAUAAUAUGUAAAGAUGGAUCUCUUUUCAUAGAUGGCAGCUACUGUUGCAAUCUGCUGCUAGUCGGGAGCCAAGAGAAAAGGCUGUCAAUCAUACCCUUUAUGUGCUGCUAAAUGUGCUAAUGGCAGAGAAAUAAUUUGCUGUUACAGGAAACCCUUCAUCGAUGGCCAUUCCAAUUAACCUGAACUUUUCUGGCAGGCUAUGUUGUGAUAAGCCAACAUAGCUUUAUACAUAAAUAUUUUUAUACAUAUAUACAUAAACUAAUAUGUAUAUUAGUUUAUUAGUUUACUGAUAUAUAUAUAUAUAAACUAAGUUCCAGUUUAUGUAGCUUAUCACAUAAACUGGAGCUUAUCCGGAGGAAGUGGCGAUGGAGUAUGAACAGCAUUUACAUAAGUUGAUGGAUAGCGUUAAGACCCUCCUCUUGGCUCUGAUUGGCCGCUACUAGUUAGCACUGGGAGAAGGCAAAGGAGCACAAUUUUUUUUUCCACAGCUUAUCUCCCUCAUACCAUACUGUUGCAACAUAGUGACAGUUUCAACUAAUAUUUUUAAUAAAAUUUACAUACUGUAGCUUUAACAGUUUUGAAAUUGUGACUGCACAAAUUCCUGUUCUGGGUUUAGAAAAUAUCUUGUGGGUGAAAGAAUUGGUGUAUGUGCCAAAUAAGUUUUCAGGGUGCUUUUAGUUCCAAAUGUUUCUGAAUUAAAGCUUUAAUAAAGCAAGAUUUUCAGUUUAAA